GCAGAUGUCAGGUGAUCCACCGACUACUGCGCGUAGGUUGGACUGUAGAAGAAUACAAAAUGACAUUUUGUAAAUACAGGAGCUUCGUUUUUCAAAUACACGUGGAUGGAAAAUGCACCAGGUACCUUCAACUCGCGUGGUGACGCGCUAAAUCACUGGGGGAUUAGAGGGUUUAUUGUAUAUUUAUGAUAAAAUAUCAACAGUGAGCGCUUGGUCAUAUCAUGGGGCUGUGCUACAGUCUGCGUCCCCGUUUGUUUGGAGAACUCAGUGGAUCCAUUUCCAACGCCAACUCAGAGUCGGACCACCAGCCUCCGGAUGCAGGGAUGACGAUGAAGCCGUCCUGUGUCCGGGGAUCGCGGCAGCACGAUGAUGAGUCCGGGGGGAACAACGGAAAGACAUCAUCCACCUCGCCUUUACGCACCGGGGACGCCAGUAAGAUCCCGACCGGGGAGCCCCGCCAUGGAGACGCGGACAAAGCGCUCAUCCAGAACGGGGGUGGAGGAGGCGGGAAGAGGAGGCUACAGCUGCUCCAGACGUCCUGCAGCGCUCAAAAACAGAAGACCUGGGAUAAACUGGUGGUGGUGGAGGAGAAGGAGGCCGAGAAGGAGGCCAAUAAAGUCAGUAAGAACAUUGACAGGGCCUUGAAGGAACUCAAGCGGGAGUAUAAACAGACUCAUCGGCUGCUGCUCUUAGGGGCUGGUGAGUCGGGGAAGAGCACUAUCGUUAAGCAGAUGAAAAUACUUCAUGUCAACGGGUUUAAUGCAGAAGAGAAGAAACAGAAAAUUCUAGAUAUUCGUAAAAAUGUGAAGGACGCCAUCGUGACCAUAGUGUCGGCAAUGAGCACUUUAAUACCACCCGUCCCACUCGCUAAUUCAGAAGACCAGUUUAGGAUCGACUACAUCAAAAGUAUAGCUCCACUCUCUGAUUUUGAUUACACACAGGAGUUUUUCGACCAUGCGAAGAAGCUUUGGGACGAUGAAGGCGUUAAGGCGUGUUACGAGCGGUCCAAUGAGUAUCAACUAAUCGACUGUGCGCAUUAUUUUCUUGACCGGAUCGAUGCCGUAAGACAAAGUGACUAUACUCCAACAGAUCAGGAUUUGCUUCGCUGCAGAGUGUUAACAUCAGGGAUUUUUGAAACACGAUUUCAAGUAGACAAAGUCAACUUUCAUAUGUUUGAUGUUGGAGGUCAGAGAGAUGAAAGGAGAAAAUGGAUUCAGUGUUUUAAUGACGUCACAGCGAUCAUCUUUGUGGUAGCGAGCAGCAGCUACAACAUGGUCAUAAGGGAAGACAACAACACAAACAGACUACGGGAAGCACUUGAUCUUUUUCGCAGUAUCUGGAACAACAGAUGGUUACGGACGAUUUCUGUCAUAUUGUUCCUCAACAAACAGGACAUGCUGGCAGAGAAAGUUUUAGCUGGGAAAUCCAAAAUCGAAGAUUAUUUCCCUGAAUAUACUCGCUACACCAUACCAGACAAAGUAACUCCAGAACCUGGAGAAGACCCCAAAGUGACAAGAGCCAAGUUUUUCAUUCGUGACGAGUUUCUGAGGAUCAGUACAGAAAAUGGAGAUGGCCGUCACUACUGUUACCCCCAUUUUACAUGUGCAGUGGACACAGAAAACAUCCGGCGGGUCUUCAACGACUGUCGAGACAUCAUCCAGAGAAUGCACCUGCGGCAGUAUGAACUCUUGUGAUC